GGAUGGUAGGUGGUAGCCAGGUAGUGGGGAAUAUUUCAGUAGUGGGGAUUUGCUCCGUUAGAGAGGAACAGCAGCAGCAGCAGCAGCAGGGCGAGUGAACUAAAAGGGUGGGGAUUUCCCAGCCGAGAGACAAAUAGGAGGGAGAUGAGGCAGCCAGCCAGCCAGCCAGCCAGCCAGCCGGACAGGUUCAGAGAAAUUGUCAGAAGCGGCAAAGAGUCACUUCUCCGCGGUGAGUCGGUCGCGAGAGACCCGCUCUCGGCUCGAUCUCGUCUCUGUCAAUAUUCAAUCGAUGGUCGGCAAGAUCGGUGCGCCGUGUGUAUACCGUGUAAGGUGCCACUUGUGAUUGGAAGAAAGAAGACUGUCGUGAUUACUGUAUCCCAAGACCGAAUCCAGUUGAGGCCGGUCGCCAUUGAACUCGCUCAGUUAUAUUCACGGACGUAAAAGACGCACAACGACGCACGAUUCACAUAAAUUGUGAAUCCCCAGAGCAUCGUCGAUGAAUAAAAAAGUCGAGGAAGACUCGUGGCUGCACAGUGGAAUCGCCUACUUGGUGCGAUAGCUACAACGCGUGCUUUGACUCUGCCGUGGCCGGUUUACCCUGUCAAAGAGUGGAUCUGGUGACUAGUGUGGUGUUACGUCGUUUGUUUUGGAUUUUAAGUCGGACGUCGACAAGCUGCUUUCAUGACUUGAGCAAUACUACGACAUGGAUUACUCUUCGAAAGUGACCGCUGACAGUGGACCGGAUCAACGACAGACCAGCGAGACUCAAACGGAUGCUGGAUCUUCGCCAUUGGUCGAGCAUCCGGAAGGAACGUAUCCUUGUCCUGCAUGCCCUACAGUACUCUCGACCUCCAGGGAACUAACGAAUCAUCUACGUGGUCACAAUUCACCACGCAGCACGGACUGCAGCGGCGAGGAGGACUAUUCCUGCGGGGUCUGUCACAAAGUUCUUAGCUCUGCCAGUUCUCUCGAUCGGCACGUGCUCGUUCACUCCGGCGAAAGACCGUUCAAGUGCAAAUACUGCGACAUGGCCUUCACCACCAAUGGAAAUAUGAACAGACACCUCAGGACGGCACAUCGCGCUCUCUCGCCUCAUAGUUGCACGGAUUCCGAAGGGAGCAGCGAUUCGGAAAAGCCUGUUAAGAGACGUCGCAUCGAAGAGUACAAUAACAACGAGAUUGCCAAACGCAAUUCUCCGGAUCUCAUUGAGAAACAUAAAUCUCCCAGCAUGACCAUUAACAAGAGGAAGUCGUUGGAUUCAACGGAUGAGGUUGAGUCAUUGCGCAGGCACAAGAUACUCUUGAACAGUUCCAGAACUGAGACCAAGAGCAACGUCUACGAGGACACGGCUGUUCACAAUUGUCAAGUGUGCGGAAAACAGGAUUUCGCCACUGCUGGUCUUCUGGAGGCUCAUCUCGAGCGUAACCAUCCUGAGGUGUCAGCGAAAUGCGAUAUGUGCGAACUCUCGUUCAAGAAUCAUCGCGUGCUCAAUCAUCAUCGGUUCAUGACACACUUUAACGACAAUUCGAUUAACAAUAGUUCACGGAACCUCAGGAACUCUGUGGUAGGUUUCGAUGAUUUGACAUUCGUCGAUUUCUCCGCUGACAAAUUCCCGGCGAUCGCCAGGGCCGUUUGCGAACAGUCCGUUCAUAGGCCAGCUUCCGGGGAAGUUACCAGAUUCCAAUGCGCCAAAUGUCUCAGGGCCUUCCCUUGCAGGUCGGCCCUGGAGGCGCACGAGUCUGACUGUGGGAUACCGAAUUCCCAGAGCAGAACCCAUGGCGAGGAUCAGUCUAGGAGGGACAACUUCUUUGCUGGUCUUGAUCUUCAAAACAAGGCUGCUCUCGUCGAAGCCAAGGAAGGCAAGGAUCUGGCUGACAUACAGAGCAUCAUUUCCAUGACCUCUGGACCCAUUCUACAGAACUUUCCUAGGUCCGACGCCAGCACACCGGAUAACAGUAUCAAGAUCAAUCCCAACCUUGGAUCCUCCGGUUCAUCCGGCACACCCUCCUCCGAGUACCACGAGGAAGAAGCACAGGACGCCUUCGCGGCUGAGUUCAGGAAGAUGAAACUCAAAGGAGAAUUUCCAUGCAGACUUUGCACCGCAAUAUUUCCAAAUCUUCGUGCUCUUAAGGGUCAUAACCGGGCGCAUAUGAAUGUCGGUCCAGGUAUGCCCUAUCCAUGUAACAUGUGCCCGUACACGAGCACCGAUAAAGCUACCCUCAUCAGACAUUUAAGGUCGCACAAUGGCGAUAGACCUUACGAGUGCUCUCUGUGUAACUAUGCUUUCACGACCAAGGCCAACUGUGAAAGACACGUUCGCAAUCGUCAUGGCAAGCUCACCCGCGAGGAUAUUAAGAGCGUUCUGAUAUAUCAUCCCAACGAAGACUCCACAAACGACACCGUCGACCGCACGUCUCCCAGAGCCAUCUCUAGGGAGGAUGCUCGUAAAACUCUAGUCUAUCACAGCGAACGUGACGAAGGCAUCCAUCAGCAUCAUCAUUACUCUACGUUAUCCAUGCCCACUGAGCCUAAGUCUGAAAUCCGAGUGAUCGAGGAGGCCAAGCUUCGUCAGCCGGGAAUACCCUCGCUGUUCGCCGUUAAUCACUACGAAAAUUCGGAAUUCUUCUCUAGGCCAACGAGCAUCCAAUCCAUGGAACUCGGAAGGCAUUCCGAGGAGCCGGAGAAGGGUCAGGAACUGUUAGGAAAGCACAGUUACUCGAAGGACGAUGAAGACGAUCAAGACACCAGGUCGUCGGAUGAAAGCGUGUCUCUAGUCAGCGAAACCAAAUCCGAGCUGCACCAAAGAAAUCAGGAUGGUCCUAUCGACUUGAAAAAGAGUAUGGGAGACUCCGGAAACGUGGUAGAUUCCGGAGUCGAAGAAGCUCCCCUUGAUCUCUCCAUGGAUGCCCUUGAUCUCAGAAAAAGAUCCAGGAGCAACGAAGCCGAUCAGCCUAGUUCGUCCGAAGACUACUCCAGGAAUCCAAAGGACUUCUAUAACGCUACGAAUCAACUUUUAUUGACCCAAGCUCUUCUCAAGGCCGGACAGGCUGGGACUCAGCCUAACUCCUUGGAAGCUCUAUAUGCAAACGCUCAUCUGAUUUAUCGAAAUUUUGGCACUUUCCCACCAGGUACCGGCCUGAUACCGCCUUAUCUUCUUAACCCGCAUUUAUUUGGCCAUGAUUUUGCCAUGAAGGACAGAAUCCAAAAGGAACUGGUACGAGGCCUCCAGCUCACCAGUGGUGGAACUCUCGUGGAACCAUCCGGAUUCGUCUCAAACUUUCCUCAAGGACGUGAAUUAUCAGCGCAUACAGCUACUGACCAAACCGAUUACUCCAAACUAAUUUCAUCCCAGCUGAAUAACAAGGUCUCGGUGCCACGCGAGAAGUUAGAAAACUCUCCCAGCUCGAAUUCUGUCAAGAUGGUGAUAAAGAAUGGAGUCCUCAUGCCAAAACAGAAGCAGAGGCGAUACAGAACCGAGCGACCGUUCACCUGCGAACACUGCUCGGCCAGGUUCACCCUCAGGAGUAACAUGGAAAGACAUAUUAAGCAACAGCAUCCUCAACACUGGAGCCAAAGACCACGAGGUGGUCAUUCCACGAGAGGUCGACCUCCAGCGAAUCCUCCGACCUUGUUACAAAAUCUUGGACAGUCCAGCAUGUCCCAGCAGGUGCAACAGCAAUAUCAAAACAUAUUACCAAAGAUGGGACAGAAUGUGAGUUCCGAGUACGGAAAGCACGCUAUUUCCGAUCAAGUGAAGUACGCCAUACUAGCACAACAGUUGAAAGGUAACAGAGUAGAGGAAAAUGACACCGACGAGGAGCUGAUCAUCGACGAAGGUCCAACCGGAAGAGAAACACCGGAUGCCCAUCGUGAGAGUGAACAGCAGCCUACCAGUCUACUCAGAGGCAAACUGGAGAAUCGUUCCGAGCUCAAUAAGGACCAGUUAAGCAUCCUCAGCGAACACGUUAACGAAUUCGCAAAGGAAUGUUCAGAUCAGUCUCAGAACAACGAAGAAGACGACGAGCACGAUGCCAAGGGCAAAAUAAAGUCUGAAAUAAACGAGUCCAAGCCGGAAGUUGAGACUAACGCGGAUGACGAUGAUCUAAUGUCCGAGAACAGUCUGGUGAAGUCAGAAAUGCCAGAUGACAUGGGAAAGAGAAGCGAAUCGUCACGAGAGGACGAAAACGAAAGAACCGAGGAUGGAACUGUUGAUCUUGCUAGUGUUUCCAAGCUGCUGGACAAUGCCUCCCAACAGUAUCAACAGUUUCAACCUCAGUAUCUUAGCGACGAGGAAGGUCUCGUUGCUUCUACGAGCGACUGCAACAAUUCGGGUAGCGACGAGAAAUCCGAUUCCGGAAAUUCAGUUAAUUCCGGAACAUCGAGCUCGUCCAAGAAGAAGAAGAAAAAGAAGAAGAAGAAGAAAUCUGCAUACUCGAUGGCGCCGAACAGAGUGAUCUGUCCUUAUUGCGAGAGGCCGUUCCCAUGGACGUCCUCCCUGAGGAGACACAUUCUCACUCACACCGGACAGAAGCCUUAUCAAUGUAUACAUUGCUCCCUUCUAUUCACGACAAAGUCAAACUGCGAUCGUCAUCUUUUACGAAAGCACAAGACCAAUCCCCACAAGAUUCGUCGAGCAAGAAACUCAUCGUCCCCGGAAGCGACAAAUAUACCAGCAAACAGCAAUAGCUUCUCAAUGAGAAACGUCCCGGAGAGACCCUACAAGUGCAACCAAUGUCCAAGCUCUACCUUCUCCACUCUGGGAAACUUGAAGAAGCACCGAUCGACGAAGCACAUAGAUAAAAAAAAUAAAUCCAGGUGCAACACGCCGUUGAGCGAAUCCCAAAACAGUCCGCAGAGUUCGGGGAAGCAUAACGAUCAGAGUGGAUACGAGAGUCAGUCCUCGAGUAUAUCUGAAAACAUGCAAAAUUCGCCACAGAACGUCCCCGUUAUCAAAUUGACAACCAGUACGACCUCCUCCUCGAUCAACGACGCGUCCCGUUCACGAAAAACUUCUCCAAGAUCCUCACCAGGACCCGCCGAAGCGCCUUUCAAGUGUCACCUGUGCGACAGCGGCUUCGCGGAGCGCCAAGAUUGCCUUGAGCACAUCAAGGACAAUCACAAAAGGUCCUACGAGAUGUUGGUGGCCAAGGGUGCGCUGGACAUGGAUAUAGAAGCAGCAGAGGAUCAGCAACAACCUCUGGUACAUCAGCAGGCGAGCGACGGUGAAGAGAAACGGGGAAAAUUUCCUGACUACAGUAAUAGAAAGGUAGUUUGUGCGUUCUGCAUGCGCAGAUUUUGGUCUGCAGAGGAUCUUCGUCGUCACAUGAGAACUCAUACCGGGGAGAGGCCAUUUUCUUGCGACAUUUGCUGUCGCCGCUUCACUCUAAAACACAGCAUGCUGAGACAUAGGAAGAAGCACGAAUCUGUCGACUCUCCUAUGUACGUGGGCACGAGCGGAGAUGAAGAAUCCGUAGCGAGUCAACCACCCACGAUCACACCGAGAAGUCAGCAGCAUCCAGCACUCGUAAUGUCCUCGACGAGUGAUAACAGAUUGCGAGAGCGCGUAUCUCUACCCACUGUGGAGGCGGCUGUAGCUACAGCAGACGCUGCUCCCAGUGGUCUCAUGAGGUACAACGCAUACGAGAACCUCACUACUCUGACUGGACAGCUGACUACCGUACAACAAAGUGGAAAUCUGGAUGUUCCGGAAAAUUCAGAGAACGAUCUUAUCUCGAAUCUCCUUGGUAUUCGCGAUAAGAGCAUUAUAGACAGAGUGCUUCAGGCAUCAGCUGACGACGCGGCCAAACUGCUCGGAGUCAAAAGAAACUAAAAUCCAAAUAGUAUAAGAGUAGCAUCCAUCGAGUGGAUUGGAUAUCCAAAUGAAUAAUGUAAUAUCCAAUCCACUCGAUGUAACAAGGAUAAAAGUAUUAUUAUGGACAGGGUGCUCUAAGCAUCAGCCGAUAGUAUAGCCAAACUCCUUGGUGUCAAAAGGAACUGAGGCCCAGGUAGCACAAGGAUGCAGAAAAUAAAUUAUUGCAAAUUAUAUAAAUAGAUUAUUACAAAUUAUAUAAAUAUAGCAUUAGGAGAGUUACGUGAAUAAAUGAAUAAAAUCACAUACACGAUUAAAUUAUUCGAAAUAUCCUGGGGAUAUUAUAAUAUUAGACACGGUACGUCCUUGGGAUGUUAAAUGGACAUCCAUGGAACAUCGGUUGUAUUACGAAAUGAGAAAAUCAAUAAGUGUAACAUAUCGCAGUACUUCUAUUGAAGGUUAUUUAAAUAUUCUUUAAAAAAAAUAAAGAAUUAAUUUCUUAACUAAAAAUGACGCUUUUAUGAUUCCUGUACACACGGUACAUGUAGACCUUCAAUAGCUUCUACGCAUAAGAGUGAUACGAUAUUUUCGAUCUUUUUAAAAAUUGUUCAUUUCGAAAUCACAUAAAAAAUCCGAUGUCCCUUGGAUAUUACGGAGAAUUACUGGCGACAUAUCUCUUUGUGAUAUCUGUUAUCAGGUGUCCCUAGCAUCACCUAUAGACAUCUUGAUAAAGUAUCUAUUUCGGUAUGCUCGUAGAAAUUCUCAGGAAUUACCAAAUUGUAUCCUGAGGAUGUCCAGGGGACGUACGCAGGAUAUUCGAGGACUUUAUACCUUGUGCUAUCUUGGGAAUGAUUGGGAUAUCAAGAAUUCAGCGUGUAAUCAAAGGGUAUAAAAACGUGAGGCUUUUGUAGUCUCAUGUACGUUCACAAUCGUGCCUUAAUUAUAAGCUUGACGUGUGAGAGAUCCUAAUAAUUGAAUGAUUCAUUAAAAAAAUGAUCAGAGGAUGGCACGCGGUGCUCCUUCGGGAUUUUAGGAUUACUGUUUAUCUUGACGGAUACUGAGUGCAUAGCAUUGUCUCCCACGGGAAGAUUCCUAAAAUUAGAGAAAAAAAAACUUGCUACUUGUAGGACCAUAUUUGCAAGCCAAGCAUGACAAACUGUUACUAUAUGAGAAUCGUAAUGGCUAAGCUAAGAGUAGCACAUUUGAAAGACUCCUUCUUACUUAUUACAUUUUCGGUCCAUGUAUAUAUAUAUAUAUGCAUACAGGGUGUUCCAGAAGUAGAACCAGCAAUCAGUGUAAAUUCAUAAAUAGCUAGUUUUUCAAGAUAUUAAUAACCACGACCUUUGAGAGCUCUGCCGGAUCAAUAACAAUCUUUUAGACUGUAGAUUUUUGGGGCACCCUGUAUAUGCUUUAUAAUUCAGUACCUACAGCCUGAGGCCUCAAUACGAUGCGUCCUGUUUCAAGGAGAUCAUCUCCAGGAAUUAGAAGAGUGAUCUCUCUGAUAUGAAAUGCAUUGUGAUUGGAGCAUUUGGAGGCUUAAAUUUCGAGGAUAUUUUAUACUGUGAAAUGAAUCCGUUCUAUUUCAUUAAUCAUUUAAUUUUAAAAUCAUCAACAUCAAUUAUAUUGCUAUACUAAGCUGCAAUACCAAUUCCACAUCCGGGGGGCCAUUUACUUGUCAUUAACAAUACAGAGGAGUCCCCUGCUUGUGGAAUUGACAAAGUAGCCAUGACCUACAGACUUCGAUCGCUACCUGCACUUUAGGUAAAUAGAUUCUUCGUCUCCGUCAGUUGGACCUACGUCAUUCUCUUUAUAUAUGCUUAUGAUUUUAUAUAAUAAAAAAAGGGAAUACGAGGAAACAAAUAAUUAUAAAAAUCUCUGUAAAUGUAUGUAUAGGUAGUGUAUAUAGAAUGUAAAUGCAUUUAUGCAUCGGUAAGCUAUAGAGCUGCAGGUGUCUCAAUGAUAAAUUAACGAUAUAAUUAUAAUUAUAUAAUUAGAUAUUUAAACGUAAGAAGCAACAAAAAGGGAAGACGCGUUAGAGGAAGAAGAUAAAAUUUACACGGGAUCAUUUGUUCACGACUAUAAUCGAGUUACGGCAAUCAAUCAUACUUUAAGGGGGCCAACUUCUUGUGACAUUUAAUGCAAAGAAGUCCCCUCGAUUUGAGUCUGAUAUCGUCGCUCGAUCGUUAUUGUGUAUCUUUAUCUCUGUUAUGAGUCGCCACUUCGAUGGGAUUCUGAGUCCAAAGAAACGUUCAAGCAACGAAUUAAUGUAGCCAUAUUUACUUAAUAAGUUAUAGGUUAUACACAUUUCUGCCAAUAAGUGCUGCGACACUUACUGGCCAGGAGUCAAAGUCGUAGUGUGACUGCCGCUAAUCAUCCCUCGUGUAAAUCAACCCUUUAAUUAGCAAAUUAUGCGAAUGACACGUAAAUCGCCACUACAAUCUUCUUUUUUUUUUUGUAUUUUUCUUUAUUCUUUACCUCCAUUCGCUGCUCUCUAUUUCUGACACCUUCACUUUCCAAUCAAGUAUGCAAUUAAAUGGUUAAUUGAUAAGACGGUUGAUUCCCAUUGGUUUAAUUGGUAUUCGAUAGGCGAAUGCGAAAUUAACGGUGAUGCGAAGAUAAUUGCGCGAUAAGCAAGAGCAAUAUAUAUAUAUAUAUAUAUAUAUAUAUAUAAUAAAUGAAAAAAAAUGAAAAUAAGAAUCGAAGAAGCCGAAGACAGUUAAUUACGCUAUUUAAUUGAUUUGCAUUUUAUCUAAGAAAUUAUUGUAUAUAAAUAUUGUAAUUGUCGAUAGUCUAUGUUCAUUUGAAAUUGUCUAAAGAGAAACGAUGAUGAUAUUUAACGAAAAUGCAAUUAUACCAAAUAAUUAUCGAUCCCAAGAUCAACGGGACUCGAUCAAGUGCUGUAAAACUUAAAUAAUUAUUAACUUAAAUGACUGUAGUUUAAUAGAGAUGUGAAACUUUUUAAUCGGUCGUAUACAAGCGUAUAUAACGGGUGUCUCAAUUGGAAAGUACUUAUCCAAUGCGGCUACUUUAUAGCCAGGUCACCCGGUAUAUGCAUGUCUUUAUUCCUCUUCAGAUCUUUAUAUUCCUAUCAUAUUUCCUAAUUCUCUUUAUCUAGGUGUAUCUAUUUCAUUUAGUCUAUUACCAUUAUUUCUAUUCUCAGAGCGAUUUAGUCGCGUCUAGAAAUUCUUCUUCUCGUCUUCGGAUCUAUCACUCUGUCUAUUGUUCUCUACGACUUGCUAUAUUUAUUAUUUUCCAUUUUUCUUUUUAUUUUAAAACAGUUGUACGCGAAUACAACUACAAAAGAAUUGGAAUUGAGAACACUACUUAUAUAGUCUACUUUCCGUGUCGUUUCGAUCAUUGAUCAAUAGUGAUAUGACAUACGCGACAUAUCAUGCGCUAUAAAAUCAUUGUUACCAUUGCUACGAACAUUGGUAUACAUAUGUAAACGAAAGAAAACUAUUUAUUAAAAAAAAAAAUAAUUAAAGUUUGAAUGUGGCUUGAGAACGAACUUUUCCUCGAUUUAACUAGAAAGGGUAAACAUGCGAAAUAAUCAUUGUAACAUGUGUGUAAAUGAUUGCAUUGUAUUCUCGUUUGACUUUUACCUAAGAAUAAGAAUAUAUAUAAAAUAUA